CGUCGCCCUCCCCGGGCAUGGCCAACGUCUCCAAGAAGGUGUCGUGGUCCGGCCGCGACCAGGAGGACGCCGAGCCGCACGGGGAGAGCACGCCAUUGCUGAACGGAGCCGGGCCCGCCCGCAGGCCCUCCCAGUCGGCCUUAUUCCGCAUCGGGCAUCUGAGCAACGUGGAGCUGGACGAUGACCUUCUGGACCCGGAAACGGACGUGCCUCACCCUUUCCCCAAGGAGAUCCCGCACAAUGAGAAGCUCCUGUCCCUGAAGUACGAGAGUCUGGACUAUGACAACAGUGAAAACCAGCUGUUCCUGGAAGAGGAGCGGAGAAUCAAUCACACAGCUUUCCGUACGGUGGAGAUCAAGCGGUGGGUGAUCUGCGCCAUGAUCGGCAUCCUGACCGGCCUCGUGGCCUGCUUCAUCGACAUAGUGGUGGAGAACCUGGCGGGGCUGAAAUACAGAGUGGUCAAGGACAAUAUCGACAAGUUCACCGAGAAAGGGGGAUUAUCUUUCUCUCUCUUGCUCUGGGCCAUGUUGAAUUCCGCCUUUGUGAUCGUUGGCUCCAUAAUCGUGGCGUUUGUAGAGCCCGUGGCCGCCGGCAGCGGAAUCCCGCAGAUUAAGUGCUACCUCAAUGGCGUCAAGAUCCCCCAUGUGGUCCGGCUCAAGACGCUGGUGAUCAAAGUGUGUGGGGUGAUCUUGUCUGUGGUCGGUGGCCUGGCUGUUGGCAAGGAAGGGCCCAUGAUCCACUCUGGAGCAGUCAUAGCAGCCGGAGUUUCCCAAGGAAGGUCCACCUCUCUGAAGAGGGACUUCAAGAUCUUCGAAUAUUUCCGCCGAGAUACUGAGAAGCGGGACUUCGUCUCAGCCGGAGCCGCAGCCGGGGUCUCGGCUGCUUUCGGAGCCCCCGUGGGUGGUGUCCUUUUCAGCUUGGAAGAAGGUGCCUCCUUCUGGAAUCAGUUCCUGACAUGGAGAAUUUUCUUCGCCUCCAUGAUCUCCACGUUCACGUUGAAUUUUGUCCUGAGCAUCUACCACGGAAACAUGUGGGACCUCUCCAGCCCGGGUCUCAUCAAUUUUGGAAGGUUUGACACUGAGAAAAUGGUGUACACCAUCCAUGAGAUCCCCAUCUUCAUAGCCAUGGGCGUAGUCGGUGGGAUCCUGGGAGCAGUAUUCAAUGCCUUGAAUUACUGGCUGACUAUGUUUCGAAUCAGGGGGAGCCGAGAACGACCUAACGCUCUGUUUGGGGUGUCCAGGUACAUCCACCGGCCUUGCCUGCAGGUAAUCGAAGCCAUGCUGGUGGCCGCCGUCACGGCCACCGUCGCCUUUGUGAUGAUCUACUCUUCCCGGGAUUGCCAGCCGCUUCAAGGGAAUUCCAUGUCCUACCCGCUCCAGCUGUUCUGUGCAGAUGGCGAAUAUAACUCCAUGGCAGCAGCCUUCUUCAACACCCCGGAAAAGAGCGUCGUCAGCCUCUUCCACGACCCUCCAGGUUCCUACAACCCCAUGACACUGGGCCUGUUCACCCUGGUCUAUUUCUUCCUGGCCUGCUGGACCUACGGACUCACCGUGUCCGCGGGCGUCUUCAUCCCGUCUCUCCUCAUCGGGGCCGCCUGGGGCCGGCUCUUCGGCAUCUCCCUGUCCUACGUCACCGACGCGGCGAUAUGGGCCGACCCUGGCAAGUACGCGCUGAUGGGGGCCGCGGCCCAGCUCGGAGGGAUCGUGAGAAUGACGUUGAGCCUGACGGUCAUCAUGAUGGAGGCCACGAGCAACGUCACAUACGGUUUCCCCAUCAUGCUGGUCUUGAUGACGGCAAAGAUCGUCGGAGACUUUUUCAUCGAGGGAUUGUACGACAUGCACAUCCAGCUGCAGAGUGUGCCUUUCCUGCACUGGGAGGCCCCAGUCACCUCCCACUCCCUCACCGCCAGAGAAGUGAUGAGUGCCCCCGUCACCUGUCUGCGGAGGGUGGAGAAAGUCGGCGUCAUAGUGGACAUCCUCAGUGACACUUCGUCCAACCACAAUGGAUUCCCCGUGGUGGCAUACACCGACGACACCCAGCCAGCGAGGCUACAGGGAUUAAUCCUGCGCUCCCAGCUGAUCGUCCUGCUGAAACACAAGGUGUUUGUGGAGCGGGCCAACCUGAAUCUGGUCCAGCGGCGGCUGAAGCUGAAGGACUUCCGGGACGCCUACCCCCGCUUCCCUCCGAUCCAGUCGAUCCACGUGUCCCAGGAUGAGCGGGACUGCAUGAUGGACCUGACGGAGUUCAUGAAUCCAUCCCCAUACACGGUCCCUCAGGAGGCGUCGCUUCCGAGAGUGUUCAAGCUGUUCCGGGCCCUGGGGCUGAGGCACUUAGUGGUGGUGGACAACGACAACCAGGUGGUGGGGUUGGUAACCAGGAAGGAUCUGGCGAGAUACAGACUUGGAAAAGGAGGGCUGGAAGAACUCUCCCUGGCCCAAACGUGAGGGUCCCAGAAUCCCCUUUCUCCUCUGGCCCCUCUGACGGGUUUCUGCUCUGGCCCCCAAGAACUCUGCUCCCCCCACCAGCCCUGGGGCCCUCUGGGCUGCUCCGAACCAGUCGCCUCUCCUCUCCAGGGGUGACGGAAGAGCCAAGUGUCGCCGGCUUCCAAGCCCACCACCCCGGGCUUCCCCGUUUCAGUGUCCGGUUUCGUAAUUUUUAAUUGGAUGUACUCCGUGGGUCGCGCCGUUUACAUUUUAUUGCUUUUCCCUCUGGUCGGUGUCCAGUGAGCUCCAUUCGGGACAUCUCCCUCUCACGUUCAUCAGGUAUAGAGGGACCAAGCGGGUCUUUCACUUUCUUUCCUGCACGUGCUCGGGGCCCCUGGAGCAAAUGGGAGAGGGUGAUGGAGAGAGAAAUUGAGCAUGAGAGAACCAGGGGCCUUUCCCUACCCGAGUUGCCAAUUUAGGCCUCCUCCUGAACACCCUGUUGCUGCUGCUGUCCCGGGGGGCCCUAGCUGGCCUCCGUCGCUCGGGGGGCGGGACUCCCAGCCCCCUACUUCCACCCGGGUCUCAGGCUGCUCCCGUCUGCAGUCUCUCCCAGCUGAUUCCCACCCCGCCUCCUCCUUCCUUUCAACCAGACCAGCCCAUCCCUGUCUGUGGGGGUGGUUUUCAGAAAGGAGCCCGGGGACAAUGGCCCAGACGGUCUCCUGGAGCCAGGCCGAGGCCUACCUCUGGACUCGAGGCGACCAGAGGGGUGUCUCUCACCGUCUCUUGUCCUUGGCGGCUGGGGGAGCGAGGGAGGAACUGGAACCCCCCACUUUGCUGGAGCCUUAGCUUCAGGGUGUGACUGAGCGAGAGGCGACGGUGGGCAGAGGCGGGCAGGGCCGGAGGCUCUAGGCCUUUCUCAUCAGCGGCGGCUGGCCGGCCUCUCCCGGCUGGCAUCCCAGCUGGCCACUAUCGUCAGAAGGCUUGCCGGCCCAGCCGCGGUUCACUCCGGGGCCUCUGGGACAUGCCAUUCCCAACUGACUGGGUCAUCCCGGCUGCGAGCCGAAGAACUUCUCACGAGCGGACACGCUCACUGCCGCCCGUCAGGGUUGGCAUCUGGGGCAAGGCCCUGGGCAGACGGGUGGCCGCACAGCUCGAAUUGCCCGGGGCGGGGCAGGCCGCAGCGGCCUCCUGGCUAUCCAAGCCAGGCAGGCGCGCCGCCCAAGGUCCCACUCCACAGCGAGAAGCGUGGGGGCCGUGCUGAAAGAUUUCCCUUUGACAAUCUGCUCGUCUCUCCCUCGCCACCCCACGAGGGCUGAGGAGGGAGAGGGGCUGACAAUGACGAUUCUUGCUCCGUGCUGAUCACGGUUUCUGGGCCGAGGGGUCACCUGCCGGGUCCCGGCACACAGGCCUCAUCCUCUCCGGCAGAGCCAACCGGACAGCCGGGAAGUUGUCGGGAGCGGCCGCCCGCUGAGAUGGGCGGCUACACUGGUGAGUCCUGGGUGGUCAGCGCUCCCUGCCAUCUGCGGGCACAUGGGUUCUGCUCUCUUUCUUCUCCCAGUCCGCUGACCAAUUGUCCCGCCGAUCCCAGAGGGGCACCCUCUGCAAACACCCUUCUCUUGUGGGGGGUCGCCAUCGGAGGAACCGAACUUUCUAGCUUGGGUUUUUAUAGUCUGGGCACUUUUGAGGGGUAGUUUUAAUCUCUGUUGGGGGCGGUGGGCUCCUCAAAGACAGGGCCUCCUCCCCGGGACCACGUGCCGGGCAGGGAGGGAUGGCGGGGUGCGAAUAUCCGAAUGUCAGAAAUAAAAGGAGUUGAAGUCAA